AUGUCUGUAACGUGUAUCAGGGGCCGGGAACUCCAAGCCGUGAGGCAAGGGCUGAAGGUGCGCCUCCAGAAAAGACCCGCCUUCCCCAGCAGCCAAUCAGCGCCGAACAUCCCACCCCACACGCAGAAGCGAGCCAAACAGCAUCCAGAUGUAGCCCACCAGAGGUCCUCGCCAGCCAAUCAGCGCUCGGGAGGAGCCCGGGGGGCGUUCGGAAGCUUCCGGUGCCAUGAGCCAAUCAGUUCCCAGUACUUGCCUGCGCGGGCCGCUGACAGAUCCCUCCCACAGCCAACCCCGUGCCCGCACUCCUCCUCCCCAGCCAAUGAGGUCGCAGCCUGCCCCGGCAGCGCCCGGGAGCUGCGUCGACCUCCGGGCCCUGGAAGGAGCACGUUCAACGUCCAGGAUGGGGAGGACUUCCAGGACAGAGUCAUCAACAGUACAAAGCCCGUGGUGAUAGAUUUUCAUGCGCAGUGGUGUGGCCCCUGCAAGAUCCUGGGCCCCAGGCUAGAGAAAAUGGUGGCCAAGCAGCAGGGGAAGGUGCUGAUGGCUAAGGUGGACAUUGAUGAUCACACAGACCUCGCCAUUGAAUAUGAGGUCUCUGCAGUGCCAACCGUGCUGGCCAUGAAGAAUGGAGACGUGGUAGACAAGUUUGUAGGGAUAAAGGAUGAGGAUCAGCUGGAGGCGUUCCUCAAGAAACUCAUUGGAGCCUGAGGAAGAGGGAUGGCCAGUGAACAUGCCCAGACCUCUAGAAUUGUCCAUGUCUUAUGUUGUCUUAUCUGGGGAGGGGUGAAGGGAAGAUGAACUGCUUUGUAGAAUCUGUGCCCCCUUUUUUCCUUGUGAGGCUUGGGUUGGGGGAAGGGGGUUGUAGCCCAGCCUCUCCUCUGGGGCAGCAGUAUCCCUGAGCUGUGCUGAGGGAUGAAGAGAAAUGAGAAUGGUCAUCCUCAGAAAGUGCGGGGGGUGGGGAAGCAGCUGGAAUAAGCCAUCCAGUUCUGUUAGGGAAAAGCUGGCAGCAAGGGAAAUGGGGCUGCUGCCAAAUUAAAGGAGGGAUGUUUAUCAUUUCAUCUGUUCUAUCCUGGCCCAGAGCAGGAGAUGACUACUUCUCUGCGGGGUGUGAGACACCCACGUGGUCCAGGUGGAUUUGUUAAAGUAAGAGGACUGCUCUGCCUUGUGUGUGAAACCUACAUCCUUGUCCCUCCAUCCCUAUGUUGCUGGGAUGGGUCUCAAUGCUGUGCAGGUCCUUGGGCCCUUGCCAUGUUCUCCCCUGCUGCUGUUUUAUAAAGAUAAUGAAGAAAAAUGUCUAUGGAUUUCCUUUUGUAGGUCUGUAAUAAAGAGAACUUUAUUAAUCA